AUGGCCCCCCGAGGCUUGGAGGGCGCUGAACAUGGGGAGAGCAUUCCUGACAGAACUACUCUUUGUCCUCAGUUCAAACCCCUCAAUGUCGAGACAAGUAACCAAAGACUGUGCAUAUUCGACAUGCGAAGUUAUACUGACAAAAGCCGAAGGAAAAGGGAUCAGUUUCCUCCUACAAUAGCUACAUGGAGAUGUAACCUGGUGGCUUCUUCUCAACGUCGGAACCUGUUAUUCUCAGCACACGGGCAUCAGAUAUAUGUAUGGAUCCCGGCUGGCCCAUUCCAGCUAUUGGGGACCAUCCCUGAGAUGAUCAUCACCCCGGUGAUGGAAAAUCCCGAUGCCGGUGGUUACAUAGAUCAACGCGCACCUCAUACUAUCAAUCAUAUGAUCGUAGACGACCUGGGACGAGAUGAGAUUAUUGUUUUGGCAACAGACUCGGGAAAUGUCUGUGCAUACCACGUGGAGGCGAUUUUUUCAGCAAUCUCUCGGUGUACGAGCCACAACUACAAAAAGCCUUUUGACGACUCAGAAGUGAGCCCUUUCUUCGUUGAAGGAGUUGAUCUAAGUGCAUGGGGGCUGGCGGUACAUAAGUUUGCUCGGCUUAUCGCAGUCAGCUCAAACACGUCUCAUAUCACGGUUUUCGCAUUCGCCCUUGCAACCGACACAUCUGAGGAUGGCAGUGAUGAUGAUCUGCCGCAGGCGGGCGAAGAGUCAGAGCUGGAUCGUUCUGAUAAGACAUGGCUCCAUAUCGAUAAUCAGGCGCAGCUUGCAGAGCUUAAUCAGAAGAUGCCUCACAACCAUCGAGCCCGAAACCUUCGGAUAACCUACAGAGGCCAUUUUGAUAAUGUUCCCAGCGUAUCUUUUGCCAACUUUGAUCUGGAUGCGAAUGGCACUUGGAUGGUCAGCACUGAUAUUAGCAAUCGAGUGCUCGUAUGGCAAAUCUGGAAAGACUUAUUCCCUAGGCGGGUAUAUUACCCUGGUCACCCGAUGAAUAACCCUCCGGAACGAGGCUGGACAGUAAUGCCGCUGGACCCCCGGACAUUUAGGCGCCUGUCAUCCCCAGAUGAAGCAUGUGGGUGCAGGCCUGGAUCGAUGAUGAUCGCUGAGCGAAAUAUCGUGGACUUGUCAGAAGCUAUCGAAGAAAUUCCAGACGCAUCACAUAUACUCACAUUCGGCGCUGCUGAGUACGGAGAUUUCGAGGUUGACUAUCUUCCAAACGAUGUUUUUUCUGAUGAUGCACGUGUUGAGCCGGAGGUAAAGACGUAUGAAGUGGAAAGUGGUUCAACAUCUUCCGAAUCUGCUGCCGACGAGGCAGUCGAUGCCAGCUCUGACCUCAGAAUUCAAUCUCCAGACGGUCCAACAGAACCAGAGAGCGAGAAAAACUCUAAACUACGACCGGUAAUUUUGAGGAAACGGUCCUUGCCAAGUAUUUUCGAAGAAGACAAUGAACACGCCCGAGCUCCAUCAUUUGCGCAUCCUGAAUUCGACCAAGAGGCCUCCCUUGGGUACAUGCAUUACAGAACUUUGACUAAUGAUCUCUUUCGAUGCUGUUCAGCUACAUCUCCAACUCUGUUCCCUGUCUUACAUCUCUCCGAACAUCAUAUCAGUCUAGCGCCUUAUCCCCUUGACUCUGAGUACCAACUCAUCUCCCGAAAUGUUCUUUUCCAAAGAUUUUCAUACAGUGUGGAAAUCAGCGCUCACUGUGACCGAUUCAAUAUGGUGAAAUACGUCCCCGAGCUCAAGCUCGUUAUUGCUGCAUCCCAGAAAGGCCGAGUCGCCAUACUCUCUCUAACUUGGCAUCACGAGAUAGGUUUUGCGUUCCGGGUAGACUGGAUUCUUCCGUUCGCGAGCCAGGAGCGACGUGACGAGCGUCCCAUGAUUCCACUCCUCGGUAUCGCUGUCAGUCCCAUGCCAGGAUUCGAGGUUCCGCAUGACGUUCCCUUCAUUCCUACGGGCCAAAGUGAUGUAUCUUUUCAAUACCGAACCCUCGACACAGAGGAUAAUGAGCAAUCGAAUCCGUCUGACUCUGGUUAUCCCAAAAAUCCGAAGGAAAGAGAGCCCGCGUCCCCAACCUCAAGCCCCACUUCCCCACCAAGAUCAACGUCAGAAUCAUCAGAAUCGUCAGCAUCAUCGUCUCAAGAAAGAGACCAAUCUCCCGACUCCAAACAGAUUCCCAGAAAACAAACUCUAGCAGAGCGCCACGCCCAAGCCUCGUCUUCUCACAGGCCUCGCGAGAGCUGGCAUGGGCUCCACCCAUCUCGCCAUUACCGCCUAAUGCUUUACUACUGUGAUCAUACAGUUUUGAGCUACGAGUUCUGGCACGAUUGGCAGAAAUAG